GUAGGUGGGGUUUCAGACGAAAGUGUACACAAUGUACACGAACAUUGAAGCUGAGCACACGGUCAUUAAAGGAGGUUUUAAAAAACUAAUCAUUUAUGUUAAAGUCAAGUUACAGCUACAACAACGACGUGUAUUUUGAGACUUGUUUUCGGUUUAAGUUGAAAGGUCCGGAUUACAGGACAACAACCCUCCACAGUGCUGUUAACGCACCACCAGAAUGGGCGCACCUCCAGGAUGAAGUGAAUCAUGACUUUUGCUGUUUUAAUGUCACUUCUGCUGACGUUGUUGUAUCAGCAGCAGGUCACAUCGGGCUCCCAUGUCGAAAGAAAUGGUGUCGGAUUAACUGAGUGGCCUUUAAACACCACACCAGCUAUGAUGUCUCAAAGCAACAACGAUGAGUGUGACCUUGUGAUGAACGUCAGUGCUGCAGACCGCUGUGCAUUCGUGAAGAACACACCAGACUGUAACAUGGAAGAUGGCUUCAUCAGCUACCUUUGUGUAGCUUUCUGUUUGCUUCCUCCCAACCUUACACCUCUCACCAUCACUCUCUGUAUUAUAUGGCUGCUCUUUUUGUUCGUCAUUCUUGGACUGGCAGCAUCUAAGUUUUUCUGUCCCAACCUGUCAGCCAUCUCUACCAGUCUGCACCUCACUCACAACGUGGCUGGUGUAACAUUUCUGGCUCUUGGUAAUGGAGCUCCUGACAUCUUCAGUGCCAUUGCAGCUUUCUCCAACCCACACACUGCUGGGCUGGCUGUCGGAGCUUUAUUCGGAGCUGGUAUAUUUGUUACCACGGUAGUUGCAGGCAGCGUGGCGCUGGUCAAGCCUUUCGCUGUGGCCUCCCGGCCAUUUCUGCGCGAUGUCAUCUUCUACAUGGUGGCAGUGUUUUGGACUUUCCUCAUGUUGUACAGAGGAACCACGACACUGAGAGAAACACUUGGGUACCUGGGCCUCUAUGUGGUGUAUGUAUUGAUUGUUAUCAUCAGUGCGUACAUCUAUAACCGGCAGAAACAUUCAAUGAACUCAAGUGCCCAGAACGUUGCACAUAUUCCAGCCGAGCUGCACUCGUCAGACUCGUCUGAUGAUGACGUUCCCUGCUUGACUGGUGGGACCAUCCAACAGGAGUAUGAGUCAGAGUACAGGCCACUAUUGCCUUACUCUGAGUCCACAAGUCAGAUCUUGCUGAGAUCUCUGAACCCGGUGGACAGCGGGAAGUGGAGGAGGAAAUCACAGCGCUGGAGAGUCCUCAAAGUACUUAAGACACCUCUAGAGAUCCUGCUGCUGCUCUGUAUCCCUGUAGUUGACCCUGAUAAAGAAGACAAGAACUGGAGACGCCCACUAAACUGCCUUCAUCUGAUCACUGCUCCUCUGGUGUGUGUGCUCGCCUUCCAGUCUGGAAAAUAUGUAGAUCAUAUGAUCCAAGGGCAGUUUCCCCUAUGGCUGCUGACUUUUCUGCUAGGACUUUUCCUGUCUGCCAUUGUCUUCUGCACCACCACUAAUGACUGUCCUCCCAAAUAUCAUUCACUGUUUGCUCUUUUGGGCUUCGUGGUGAGUGCAGUGUUGAUCAGUGCAGCAGCCUCUGAGGUGGUCAGUCUUCUGCACAUGCUCGGUGUGGUGCUGAGUCUCAGCAACACUGUGCUGGGGCUGACUCUGUUGGCCUGGGGCAACAGCAUAGGAGACUGUUUUGCUGACAUCACCAUCGCCCGGCAGGGUUACCCACGGAUGGCCCUAUCUGCCUGCUUUGGAGGCAUCAUCUUCAACAUGCUAUUUGGAGUGGGUUUAGGAUGUCUGGUGCAGAUGCUAAAUACACACUCUGAUGUGCAGUUUGAACCAGAGGGUUUGUUGACGUGGAUUCUUGUGGGAUCUCUGGGUUUGUCUUUGGUCCUGUCCUUCGUCAUCGUUCCACUGUGCCGGUUCCACUUGGGUCAGACCUACGGGAUCUUUCUCCUCAUCUUCUAUGCUGUCUUCCUCCUCAUUGCACUCCUCACAGAGUUUGGCAAGAUCCACAGUGUGUAGAUCUGACCCUGAGGCCAGUCUGAAAUGAGGGACGUCCUCCCGUAAGGAAAAAUGACACACUAGAACAGAAGCUGCACUGAGAGCAGACGAAUUGCAUCCUCUUCUACACAUAUUAUUAAUGCACUAUAUAUACAAGGGUCAACACUUUGUGCACUUGCCUACAAGCCAGAGGCAUCCGCAAAUUAAUGACAAACUAAGACUUUUCUGCUCAGGGAGAGCUGAAACUAAUUAUCACACUGUGCCUUUAUUCAACUUCUUGUUUGUGCUGACUGGAGCUGUGAUGGCACUUUGUGAGUCCAGAGGGAAAACACAGGUUGUUGAAAUUUAUACUUUAAAACAUUGUGAAUGAACUAAAUGUACUGUAAAUUAAAAUGUUAAAUUACCUAGUA